AUGGCUGAGAAUAUCUCAGAUGAAGACGAGACAAAACUCUGAUGUAUAACCAGGAUAUUAGGAAUUAUUAAACAGCGAGAAAAAUAGGUAGUUUAUAAAAAAGCGCCCAUGAACUUACAGGCCACACAAACAACAUGCUUUGCUGGACACCUGAUCCGGUGCAUUUUCUCACAGUAAAUCAAAUCCUACCCCAUUUUUAAAGUUUUGCACUUGUAAGCAUGACAUUGUUGUUGCCUCCAACACCAGGCGUUGGACUGCACCAGGUUGGUCGUAGCAAAUUCAUGAAGCAGUGCUCAUUACAUGAUGAAGAUGUCUGCCCGACAAUUCCCGCAUGUGGCAAAGCAGUUCCACUUGCAGGUUUUAAUGGACAGAGAAAAAAGCAGAGCUCAUUUCAAUGCCAUAACAAGAAGAAUGAUUUUAACAGUGUAUUUGCAAAGGUUAAAGGGAAUUGUACUAAUGAAGAAUUGAAGGAAGCCAUGAAAAUUCUGUCUGUUAUGGAUCAGCAGGAAAUCCCAGUACACACAGAUGCCUAUGCUUCUCUUCUAGAAGCUUGUGCAAAACAAAAAGCUUUGGCAUUGGGAAAACAAGUCCAUAAACACAUGCUCAGCAACAAAAUCAAGCAAACUCCAUUUUUGUGGUCCAAGCUUGUAAACAUGUAUGCACAGUGUGGAAGUAUCGAAAAUGCACGCCUGGUUUUUGAGGCAAUGGGAAAGAAUCAAACUGUUUUUUCAUGGAAUGCAAUGAUUGCAGGGUAUGCAAGAGAAGGGAUGUGCAGGGAUGCCUUAGCACUGUAUUGCAGAAUGAAAGGGGAUGGGUUUACACCUGAUAAGUUUACGUUUCCUCGGGUGCUUAAGGCUUGUGGGAGAAUAGGGGAUCUACGGGAGGGCAAGAAGGUCUAUGAUGAUAUUGUGAAAAGAGGGCUUGAAUCUGAUGUUUUUAUUGUGAAUGCACUCAUGGACAUGUAUGCAAAAUGUGGAUGUAUUGAGAUUGCUCGAGAAUUAUUUGACAAAAUGGUUCACAGAGAUCUUGUUUCAUGGAAUACCAUAAUUUCAGGCUAUGGACAGAAUGGGAAUUAUGAUGAAGUGUUGGUGAUUUUUCGCAAAAUGUGUUUGGAAGGAGUGAAUCCUGAUGGUGUUUCUGUUGCCAGUGCGCUACCAGCUUGUGCCUAUACAGGGGCUCUGAAAUUAGGCAAAGAGAUCCAUCAAUACAUGUUUAGGAGUGGAAUUGAGUUCAAUGUCUUUGUGGGCUGUGGACUUGUUGACAUGUAUUCAAAAUGUGGCAGAAUACAGAAUGCACGACAAGUGUUUGACCAAACUCCUAAAACAGAUUUGGCCUUAUGGAAUGCCGUGAUUCAGGGGUAUGCCAUACAUGGGCAAGGGGAGACUGCUCUUCAACUGUUUAAUGAGAUGAUCUCAUCGGGCAAGAGACCUGACCAUAUUACUUUUCUUUCUUUGCUAUAUGCCUUCAAUCAUGCAGGAAUGGUGGGUAAAGGACGUGAAUACUUCUUCAGCAUGAGUCAAAAUUAUGGUAUUACACCAGGAGUUGAGCAUUAUGCAUGCAUGGUUGACCUACUUGGACGUGCUGGCUUCCUGGGUGAAGCACUGAACUUUGUCACAAGGAUGCCAAUAGAACCUGCUGCUUCUGUAUAUGGAGCUUUGCUUAGUGCUUGUAGAAUUCAUGGGCAUAUAAAGAUAGCAGAAUUUGCAGCGAGACAACUUUUUGAAUUAGAGCCUGACAAUCCUGCAAAUUAUGUGUUGCUAUCAAACAUUUACGCUGCAGCUGGUAGGUGGGAAGAAGUGGAGAAGGUAAGACAAGUGAUGAGAGAUAAGGGACUGAAAAGAGUGGCAGGAUGCAGCUGGAUUGAGGUAAAGAAUAGGGUCCACAAAUUUCUUGUUUGUGACACAUGGCAUCCACAGUCGGAUCAGAUUUAUGAUAAGUUAGAGAGCUUGUUUAAGCAGAUAAAGGAGGCAGGGUAUGUUCCUGAUACCAACUUUGUACUCCAUGAUGUAGAUAAAGAGAAGAAGUUAAGAAUCCUUUGUGGUCACAGUGUUAAGCUUACUCUUGCAUUCGGACUUAUUAGUACCUAUCCGGGGACAUUAAUACAAAUCUCAAAGAACCUCCGUGUCUGUGGUGAUUGCCAUAGUGCAACCAAGCUCAUUUCCAAGACUGUAGGACGUGAAAUUAUUGUGAGGGACCCCAAUCGCUUUCAUCAUUUCAAGAAUGGGUUGUGUUCUUGUGGGGACUAUUGGUAAUAACCUUAGCAGAAGCAUUUGCAUUGAGCAGGUUUCUUCACAUUUCCCUCUACACAGUUUUAGGUAGCCAGCCCUUAAUGGAAUAGCAGUAUAAUCAGUCCUUGGGUUGCUUUGCACAUAACAUUUGAAUUCAAUGCUCAUAAAGGACUUCGACUUCACUACCAUAGAUGAUACUUUGACAAGAUUGAAUUGCAGUUAGACUAAUCAGAAUAGAAUAAAAGUAUCUCAGAUAGAAUCUUGAUAAUAAUUCACUGAAAUGAAAAAUUAAUAGAGGUGAAGCGGUUUGGAAGGAGGAAUUUCUGAAGUAAGCAUUCAUUCCCUCUUGGAAGUAACCACAGAUAACAAACAGCUGGUUAUUACCUUUGCUCUUUCUGGACAAAGCUAGAGAAACAUUCCCUCAGAAUGGUCUCCUCUUGUUACCAAACGUUUUGCAAUUGCCUUUUGAAUGUUGUGACAUGAUAUAAUCAUAAAAACCUAUAACCAAUCUAGAAUAUUCAUGCCCAAUAUGCAAAGACAACUAUUCCAGGAGCAAAGGCAUAUUGUUAUCUGUAAUACGAUGCCCUCUUCAUUAAGAAUGGACAUUGUGGUUGUAAGAUGGGUACUGCAGAAGUGUAAAAUAGUGCUUGGAAACAGUGCUAUAGAAUUUCCUCAUGCAGGAUUAUAUAGCAAAGGGCACUUGAGAGAAGUAAUGCAGGAAAUCAACCUAAAUUAUGGUUUUGAAAAGAGAAAAACAUUUUCACCUGUGAGAUUUGAUAGGGGAAUGGCGUGAAACAAUUGUACAAAUAAAGAUAAAUCAGUUUACAAAGGCUAGUGAUCUAUUUUUUUCAGUAAUCUGUGCAUUAAGUGGGCCCCAGACAGUGGGGCUACAUGCUGGGGACCCCAUCCCCUGUGUUAACACAUACAGUCCAAACCCACGAGCACAGCAUUCUAACAGGGGCACAAAGCCUGUGAUUUCAAUUGUUCAGUGGGGUUUUGAACCUAGGUGGCAACAAAAUCACCAAGUUUUAACCAGCACACCAUGCCCUUAAUGGCUUAGAAUGGCUACUUGUUAAUCAUUGUACUAUUUUCAAAUAAUUCCUUACAACUUUGGGUUUUUGGACUUAGUAUUUUUGAAGUGGAGAUGAAAAAUCAAACCUAAAACACCCACCUGUUGGUAUGCUUCUCUUGGCUGAAAUAUGACAGAAUGUGAAAUAUGAUCCAGUACAGUUACACACUUAGGCUAUAGUUGCUGAUAGGGUUCUCCAAAUCCUUCCUUUUACUAUUACAAACUGGUAGAAUGGUUUAUGCCAGCUAAUAAAUGAUUUGCUGUUUAUAUUGUAAUAUGACUGAUUCGUAGAAGAGGCCUAAAAAGUUAAAAAGGCAUGAAUGGUGAACUUAUUUAGCAUCUGAUUGGAAUUUAUAGGCUUUCCUCUUUUAAAUGCUUCAGCUGUCAUUUCAGAGGCCAUUUGACUCUUGAUAACUUUAUGCUGGACGUCAAGUGUUCAGACAAAUGUUUCACAGUUGAAUGGUGUUAAAACAGGACUCCACUGCUAUUGCAUUUACGGUGUCAUACUUGCUGAUAGUGCUUUCCAAAUUCUUUCUGUCACUAUUAUGAACAAAUAAAAUGGUUCUAAGAGAUUUCUACAAUCCAUCAUAUACAAGAGUGCAGUUUUUGCAUUUGAUUGUGUGUAAGAUUUUUGUAUCAAUGUUAUCUGAUGAUGGAUCAUGGAAUGUGAUCUGAAACGUUGAUGUAAAAAUCUUACACACAAUCAAAUCCAGAAACUACACUCUUGUAAAUAAAAUAGUGUUUUCCCAUCACCUAUCAUUUGUGGUUGAAAUAGUCACAGGAUGUCAUGAUUGAUUUCCUGAAGAAGACUGAAAAUAUUUCAAUUUUUCAACGGUGGAACCAUUUUAGUACACACUUGGAAUUGGUAGGUCUCCUCUUCAAAAUUCUUUUGAGUGACCACCUUAAAGGAGGUGAGCAAGCUCUUCAUUACCUCAAGGUGGACAUGUAGACAGAGCUCAAACAAAAUGUUUUGGAGUUGAAUGGUUUACAGGGAUGAAUUAUAGACCAGAUGAAAGUUCAACUCAUUAUUUUCUUACAGAGGAACCUUCAAUCAUAGGAUACAGCAAUGCCACAGUAUCCAUAGACGUAUUGAACAUCUUUUGAAAUGAAAUCUUUUAUAUACCUGUGCUGAUAAGCUUUUCUUAAAAAGAGGAUUUUCAACAUAGUGCUAUAACAGAAUCUUUCAUAUACAUAUCACUCUCCUGAUAAAUGUUUAACAGAAGCAAUAUAUUUCCCAAGACUUCACAGAGAGAGAGAGAGAAGAGAGAGAGAUUUGGGGUUACAUAUUCUGCUAUCUGUACAUAAACCCAAAUUAAAUUAUUAAAUUUCUAUCGACAUAGCAUUGCAUCUUGAUUAUUAGAGUGACAGUGGUGAUCUGGAAGAAAGGAGACAUUGUUUAAUUCGUUACAACAGGUUGGGUAUGCAUCAAAAUAUAACUUCAUGAGGUAGGAAGCCUUGCAGGGGCACACCACUUAUAUAGGGUUCAAUGGGUCAUUCAGCUGAGUGGAAAUGCUCCCAGGAAGGACAUUUGCGUGCGUUGGUCUGUGUGGCUUAUUCUGUUAGAACUACCUUGAGGAUCCCAUGGUAAAAACUAACAGAAACUUUUUUUAGGUUUGCCCAUGUCCCAAGAAGGCAUACAUGUCAGUUGGGAAAGGAAAGACAAGCAGAUUUUCCUUGGUAUUGCUUUGUAAAAAUUUCUCUCCUAUUGGAUGACUUGGUGUAAUAUUAUAAGGUCAUCUGAGUUAUUUCUUUAUUUUGCUUAUUGUGAAUUGACAUUUGAUUUGUGCAUUGGCUUAUUUC